UAUCACUGCCACACACAGUCCAGAGAAGAGCAGAACAAUCUCCAGAGUGUCCAUCAGUUGGAAGAUUAUGGAAAAAAAUCAGCAGCCAACGCCUGAUCAACCAAAGAGCAGCACAGCCAUGGCGAGGAAAGACAUCCUGGAAUCAUCAGACUACUUUAUGGCUGUAGCCGUCCUGUCAGCCCAAAGGAGCAAAGACCCAAGCACACAGGUGGGGGCCUGUAUAGUGAACCAGGAGAAUAAGGUAGUUGGCGUUGGUAACAAUGGCAUGCCCAACGGCUGUGAUGAUGCCCAGCUGCCGUGGGCCCGCACUGCUGCUGACCCGCUUAAAAAUAAAUACCUUUACGUGUGCCACGCAGAGCUGAAUGCCAUCAUGAACAAGAACAGCGCUGACCUGAGAGGCUGCACCAUUUAUGUGACUUUGUUCCCCUGCAAUGAGUGUGCCAAGCUCAUCAUCCAGGCUGGAAUAAAGGAAGUGGUCUGUCUUUCUGAUAAGUACCAUGACACAAAAGAGACGGUCGCUUCCAAAAAACUGCUCAAUGCGGCACGUAUACAAUGCAGUCAGAGGCUGCUGUUGGCCCAGAGGCUUAUACUGGAGUAG